CUGCUGAGCGCGCAGUGAAGCGCUCCUCUGUCCGUGUGCUGUCACCGCUCAUCAUUUAGUCCAUCAUGCCGCGGGUCCGGCGCUGUCAUCUGGAAUGAGGCGGUGUGGUGUGUCGCAUCGGACGGACUCCUUGACACUGCGCACAUUCUCUUCUUCGUCCCUGCGGAAGAUGGUGGCUGGCGGCUAAUUCCAACUUCUUACUCCUUGGAGGUCCCUUAUGCCCCCCCUCGCCUGAAGCCCACUGAAAUCAGUUGAGUUCCUGAAAUGACCGAAGUGGAGCCAGUGCUGGACUUUGCCUCCUCGGGGCGCUCAGGGAGGAGAAAUGCCCUGCCUGAUAUCCUGGGCUCUCCAGCAGGUGUAAACCCUGGUGACUUACCUCUAAAACUGGCUGAGCUAUCCCUAAAAGAUGGUCCGGGAGGGGCUCAGUCACCCACGGCGGAGGAGCCACCAGCACCGCCAGAGAGCUCAGAUGGGAAAGAGGGAUCAUAGGGACUCGUUUAUUUACCUCCCCGGAGGCCUACAGAGAUAACCUGAGAGAGGAUGAGGAACGAGGCAGAGGGCGACCUAUGGGAGAAUGAGUGAUGAUCUGUGGAGAGUCACACCGUUUGCGAGGCAGCUGAGCCACGGAGGGAGGGUGAUGGACCCACUCCCAAAGGACUGGAGCCAAGAGCUUAGGACUGUUUUGGUACUUUCUAAAAAGAGUCAGACGUCACCUAGUUCUGAACCACAUAGUGUGUGCACGUGUGCAUAUUUGCAUAAACGCGGAUACGCUACAUUGGGAAUAAAAAGGACAAUGACCGAUUGUGUCCUGUACACUCUUUAUUACUAUUUUUCUAUGAUUUAUUUAAAACUAAAGAAAAAAGGAACUUGUGAGUCAAAAUGUAACGCACCAUUUUCCUUGCAUUUCCUGCAGAUCUCUGUUUUGUAGCCCUGUGUGUUCUUUGACAGUAGUUUAACUGCAGCCUGUAGUGGCUCGAUCCUUUUUAACUCAUUACACGACUUAAGAAAACUGGGAACUGUGUUAUCCGACUCAUUUAUGCUUUUUACACUAAAUGUGUAUGAUCUAGUGUGCAUUUUCAAAUGAGUCUAUAACUACACUGCAGUUGUACAGUUUGUAUCCUUCAUCACCAGACUGUUUUAACCAUAACAGCAACCAGGGACUCUUUGCACUUUUUAGGGAUGAUUUGGUGCAACGUGAUGAUAUGGCAUCCAAAUAAAGUGUAGUCCAUAUCUUGAAACAUUCCUUUAGAGAAUAGUUUCCCACUGCCAACACUACUUCAUUGUAAUACUGAGAGAAAAAUUAAGAUUUCAUUUUGUUUUUGUUUUAUUGUUUUGCUUUUCAAAGUCUCUUCAUUUUCCAAAUAUCUGAAAAUGUGCCUAGUGGCAGUUUACAACUAAAAGUGGGUGUUGUGUUCUUUCUCUGUGAGGUACUGUUAUUGCAAAUUUCGGGGCUCUUGAUAUUUCCUCAGUUUUAAUAGGAGGUAUUGUUAAAAAAAACCAUCUGAACUACUUGGACUGUGGAUGAAAGAAGAAAACACUGGCCGUAAAAUCCAUGUGGACAACCAGAUUUCGAUUUGCAGCAAAAUCAAGUGUGGAGGGGUUUUUUUUUUUUGGGGGGGGGGUGACAGCAGCAUACGCUUGGCCGCGGGAGCAAGCGUUAAGAAAUGCUGCAACCUCCACAAUGUGUUUCUAGUGCUGAAAAUGGCAGCAGUUCCCCUUCUGUCUCGCUCGCACGGAGAAAAGUCUGUUCGCACUCAUCAACACAUGAGCAGAACUGUGAAUAGGACGCGAGCUGGAGAGUGAGAAACAACAGCAAGAGUUCACACUUUGCCAGCUAUCCCCUCUCUGCUACUGUACAUAUACUAUAGUGUAGUAAAAUCCAUGUGUGUCAUACAUGCUGCCUGUAUGAUUACCGGACUGUACCCACAAACAAAAGGUGUUUUGUAAUUGUCUCUAUUUGAAGAUGUGUUGACUGGUGGCCUGUCUUUAUGUGGAUGUGUUUCACAAAUGCAACAAGGAAAACCUGACGUGCUGCUGCCCAGUCUGUUUUUAUUCCUUUUUUUGUUUUGUUUUUUAUGCUGUACUGAUAAAGUGUCUGUGGUCUGUCUGAAGCUGAUCAACACAUUUUAAGAGACCGAUGAAUCAGAGGUGUAUGUUGUAGUGUCCUGGUGCAUAUAUUUUACUUAACUGGAUUGAAUCCAUUAUGUUGAUUCUAUCUGGUGGUGAAAAUUGCCAUAUUAAAUCUCCAAGCUUUACCUAUA